UGACUCAGAUCUGUGAACUUCAGAACCAGAGGCUGCCUUCCUUUGUAGGUGAACAUGAUGGCACGGUUGUUGGUGGUGACGUCACUCCUUCUCCUUGCCGGCAUUUCGGGGGGAAACGGCGCUGAGACAGCUGAUACUAGGCUGUCUGAACUGGAUGAACAACAACAGAAGAUGGCUGACCAAAUACAAAUGAUUCACAAAGCAGUAAUACAACUAAAGACAGUUAUGAAGACACUCUUAAAGAAGGGCGUGGCGUUUGACCUUUCAGACACUGAAGAGGAUCUAGCAGCCAUGGAACUCGACAUGAUGAAACAGCUACUUGGAGGAGCUGGGAAUACAACCGACUCUGCAGAGAAGUUAGCAGCAAUGGAAUUCAACGUGAUGAAACAGCUACUUGCAGGACCUGGGAAUACAACUGGGCAAUCGAAUUCCUACUCAGGAAUGCCACUGCAGAUUGUUGGUGAGUCUGGUGAUACGACUGGUGAUAACAUGUUCAGCCAGCUAUUUGGAAACGCCAUGGGUGGCAAUCAAGCGACAGACUCAAGGAAGAAUGAUGAAGACAAUGGGAAUCCACUCCUGACAGCUGGGCAAACCUCAGGUGACGAUGCCCAGCAGCGUGGACCGUUCACUGAGGCGACGAGUGAUUUUGGGUCAAUUUUUGGCGGUGGAUUCAAAAGUUUGAAAGCCUCGUCACCAUUCUUCUUUAAAUAAGUUAGACACCACUGAGUUCAAAUGAACACAUUUGCCCACAUACGUUUUCUUUCAAAUGAAUAAAGUUUAUAUGUGGAUGA